AUGGGACACCUGUGGCUCUUGGAGACCUGGGUCUUCUGGGGGCUGCUCCUGUGUGCAGCGGAUUCCCACACAGCUGGUUCUAAAAUAAUCCCCAAAGUCACAGAAGUGAUACCUAAAUAUGGCAGCAUCAAUGGAGCAACAAGGCUGACUAUCAGAGGAGAAGGUUUUUCCCAAGAAAAUCAGUUCAACUAUGGAGUGGAUAAUGCUGAGCUGGGAAACAGUGUGCAAUUAGUUUCUUCUUUCCAGUCAAUUUCUUGUGAUGUAGAAAAAGAUGCAAGUCAUUCAACUCAUAUUACAUGCUACACUAGAGCAAUGCCAGAAGGUUCCUACACUGUGAGAGUCAGUGUGGAUGGGAUUCCGAUCGCUGAAAAUAACACAUGCAAAGGCCACAUCAGCAGCUGGGCGUGCACCUUCAAUGCAAAAAGUUUCAGAACCCCAACAAUAAGAAGCAUCACACCUCUAUCUGGACCACCAGGCACACUGAUAACAAUCCAGGGUAGAAUCUUCACUGAUGUCUAUGGAAGUAACACUGCACUGAGCUCAAAUGGGAAAAAUGUUAGGAUUUUGAGAGUCUAUAUUGGAGGAAUGCCCUGUGAACUUCUCAUACCACAAUCUGAUAAUCUGUAUGGUCUAACACUAGACCAUCCAAAUGGAGACAUGGGUUCUAUGAUUUGCAAGACAACUGGAACUUACAUUGGUCAUCACAAUGUCAGCUUCAUCUUAGACAGUGAUUAUGGAAGGAGUUUCCCACAGCAGAUGGCAUAUUUUGUUUCUUCUCUCAAUAAAAUUUCCAUGUUUCAAACAUAUGCAGAGAUUACUUCAGUUUCACCUUCAAAAGGAAGCAUUCAAGGCGACACCAUGCUAACAAUAAGUGGGAGCUUCUUUGAUCAGACAGAUUCUCCAGUGAAAGUGCUAGUUGGAGGUCAAGCUUGUGGUAUUUUGAGUGUCACAGAAAAUAGUAUAUAUUGUAAGACACCUUCCAAACCUCAGUUUCUCAAAAGUGUAUAUCCAGGGGGGAGAGGCCUAAAGCUUGAGGUAUGGAAUAAUAGUCGGCCAGUGCAUCUUGAAGAGAUACUUGGAUAUAAUGAAAAAACACCAGGGUACCUGGGUGCCCAUUGGGUAGAUUCAGCUUCUCAUGUUUGGCCCAUGGAACAAGACACAUUUGUUGCUCGCCUCAGUGGAUUUUUGGUGCCUCCAGAUUCUGAUUUUUAUAGAUUCUACAUCAAAGGUGAUGACCGUUAUGCUAUUUAUUUCAGCCAGACUGGACUUCCAGAAGAUAAGGUGAGGAUUGCAUAUCAUUCUGCCAAUGCCAACAGUUACUUUUCCAGUCCAACACAAAGAUCAGAUGAUAUUUAUCUUCAGAAAGGAAGAGAAUAUUAUAUAGAAAUCUUGCUGCAGGAAUACAGAUUAAGUGCUUUUGUUGAUGUUGGACUGUACCAGUAUAAAAAUGUGUAUACUGAGCAGCAAACAGGAGAUGCAGUUAAUGAAGAACAAGUUAUCAAAUCCCAGUCAACAAUCAUCCAAGAAAUACAGGUUGUAACAUUGGAACACUGGGAAACAGCAAGUGCAGUUAAUGAAGUUCAGCAGAUCGUAAUAACCAGCCCAUGUUUGGAAGCUAAUUCAUGCUCCCAAUACCAAUAUAGAUUAAUCUAUAACAUGGAAAAAACUGCCUUGAUACCUGCUGAUGCUACCGACUUCAUAUUACAAUCAGCCUUAAAUGACCUCUGGUCUAUAAAACCAGACAGAGUUCAAGUAAUGAGAACACAGAAUUCUCAGAGCUUUAUCUACAUGAUAACCUUUAUAUCAACUAGAGGAGACUUUGAGCUACUUGAUUAUGAAGUCCUAGAAGGGAAUAAUGUCACUUUGUAUAUCACAGAACAGAUCAAAGGAAAACCCAGUAUGGAGACAUUCACAUUGAAUUGGGAUGGGAUUGCUUCUAAGCCUCUUACCCCCCGGCCAUCAGAAGAUGAUUUUCAGGUAGCAGUGGAAGAAAUGGUUAGCGCUAAGUGCCCACCACAAAUUGCAAAUUUUGAAGAAGGAUUUGUUGUGAAAUACUUCAGAGACUAUGAAACUGAUUUUAACCUGGAACAGAUUAAUAGAGGGCAGAAGACAGCUGAGACUGACGCGUACUGUGGUCGUUACUCCCUGAAAAACCCAGCUGUGCUUUUUGACUCAGCAGAUGUUAAGCCAAACAGAAUACCAUAUGGAGACCUUUCAUUAUUUCCUUAUAAUCAGUUAUGUUUUGCAUACAAAGGAUUUCUGGCAAAUUUUAUUGGCCUCAAAUUCCAGUUCCAAGACAAUGGCAGGAUUACUAGAAGCACUGAUACACAGUUCCCAUAUAAAUUUGCUUAUGGAAACACCUGGACCUAUACUUGUAUAGACCUUCUAGAUCUCAUACAAGCCAAAUACACUGGGACAAAUUUUGCUCUUCAAAGAAUUCAUUUACAGAAAGCAUCAGAAUCACAUUCUUUCUUUGUGGAUAUAGUAUACAUUGGACAGACAGCUACAAUCUCGACGUCAGAUGAAAUGCCAAAAAGAAGACUUCCAGCAUUAGCAAAUAAAGGCAUAUAUUUCAAGCACUUCCAGGUGAAUCAAAUCAAAGUGAAUGGAUCAACUAUGACAAGCCAGUAUUCUGUUACCAUGACUUCAUAUAAUUGUAGUUAUGAUAUACCCAUGAUUGCUGUGAGCUUUGGGCAGAUAAUCUCAAAUGAGACAGAGAAUGAGUCUGUUUACAGAGGAAAUAAUUGGCCAGGAGAGUCAAAGAUUCGUAUUCAAAGAAUUCAAGAAGCAUCUCCACCUAUAAGUGGCAGCUUUGACAUUCAAGCUUAUGGACAAAUUCUCAAAGGCCUCCCUGCUGCUGUGUCAGCUGCAGAUUUACAGUUUGCUCUCCAGCAUCUGGAAGAAAUGGGACGAGUCUCAGUUACACGAGAGGGGACCUGUGCUGGAUACUCCUGGAAUAUCAAGUGGAAAAGCGCAUGUGGAAAGCAGAAUCUUCUACAGAUUAAUGAUUCCAACAUUAUUGGAGAAAAAGCCAACAUGACAGUUACAAAGAUAAAAGAUGGUGGCUUAUUCAGACAACGCAUACUUGGAGACCUACUUCGUACACCCAAUCAACAGCCUCAGGUUGAAGUCUACGUCAAUGGAAUUCCAGCUAAGUGCUCAGGUGACUGUGGGUUUACAUGGGAUCCUAUAGCUACUCCCCUGGUCUUGGCCACAAGCCCUUCUCAAGGAUCCUAUGAAGAAGGCACAAUUCUAACCAUAGUAGGCUCUGGGUUUUCUCCUAGCUCAGCUGUGUCAGUCUCAGUUGGACCAGUGGCUUGCUCUCUUCUUUCUGUGGAUGAAAAUGAGAUCAAGUGCAAAAUUCUGAACGGUAGUGCUGGUCAGAUGCUCAUUGCUGUGUCCGUAGCUGAUGUUGGACUAGCACAAAACGUGGGUGGUGAGGCGUUCCACUUCAUCUACCAGAGUCAGGUCUCACACAUCUGGCCUGAUUCUGGAAGCCUAGCAGGUGGUACUCUACUGACUCUAUCUGGAUCUGGGUUUCAUGAAAAUUCAACAGUGUUAGUUGGAAAUGGAACCUGCGAUGUGAUUGAAGAAGAUGUAAAUAGGAUAAUCUGCAGAACACCAAAAAGAAUUGAGGGUAUAGUUGAUAUUUCAGUUAUUACCAAUGGAUAUCAAACCCUGGAGAAGGAUGCCUUCAGUUAUAAUUGUUUACAGACUCCAGUUAUAACUGAUUUUAGCCCAAAAGUACGGACGAUACGAGGAGAAGUUAAUUUAACAAUUAAAGGUUAUAACUUUGGAAAUGAACUCACACAAAAAGUGGCAGUUUAUGUUGGAGGAAAACCCUGCCAAGUUCUCCACUGGAACUUCACAGACAUUAGAUGCCUUUUGCCCCCAUUGUCUCCUGGAAAACAUGAUAUCCAAGUAGAAGUCAGAAACUGGGGUUUUGCAUCAACAAGAGACAAGUUAAAUGCUUCCAUACAGUAUAUUUUGGAAGUGACUAACAUGUUUCCACAGAAAGGCUCUGUGUAUGGUGGAACUGAAAUCACAGUCUUGGGUUUUGGAUUCAGCAUGAUACCAACUGAGAACACUGUACUCUUGGGGCCCUUUCCUUGCAAUGUGACAUCAUCCUCAGACAAUGUCAUAAAAUGUACUCUUCAUUCAACAGGAAAUGUGUUUAGGAUUACCAAUAAUGGGGAAGAUUCAGUGCACGGAUCAGGUUAUGCCUGGUCUCCAUCCGUCUUAAAUAUAUCUGUGGGAGAUACAGUGACAUGGCAUUGGCAAGCACACCCAUUUCUUAGGGGAGUAGGAUAUAGAGUUUUCUCUGUUUCCAGUCCAGGAAGUAUAAUUUAUGAUGGCAAAGGAUUUACAAAUGGAAGACAAAAAUCUACAUCAGGUUCAUUUUCUUACCAAUUCACCUCACCUGGAGUCCAUUAUUAUAGCAGUGGCUAUGUUGAUGAGGCUCACUCCAUUUUUCUCCAAGGAGUCAUUAACGUCUUGCCAGUUGAAACAAGGCAUGUUCCCCUGCACCUGUUUGUGGGGCGCACUGAAGCCACAUAUGCUCCUGGUGGACCUGAGAAUUUACACUGGGGGAGCUCUGUGACAGGUUGCCUAGCAACGGAACCCCUGUGUGGCCUGAACAAUACCAGGGUUAAAAAUUCAAACAGAUUACUCUUUGAGCUUUCAAGUUGUUUUUCACCAUCUAUAAGCAACAUUACUCCAUCCACUGGAACAGUAAAUGAAUUGAUAACAAUUACUGGACGUGGCUUCAGUAAUCUAACUUGUGCUAAUAAGGUUACAAUUGGUAGGCACCCCUGUGUUGUAGAAAAAAGUGGUGACAAUUCUAUUGUGUGUCGCAUUGACCCUCAAAACUCAAUGGAUGUUGGCAUCAGAGAAAUCGUCACGUUGACUGUCUACAACCUGGGCACUGCCAUCAAUACACUGCCCAAUGAAUUUGACAGGCAUUUUGUGCUUAUGCCAAACAUUGACAUGGUAGUGCCAAAGGCAGGAUCAACCACUGGAAAAACAAGAGUGACUAUAAAGGGCUCUGGAUUUGGAGAUUCUUCUGCAGGUGUAGAAGUCCUUAUGGGUCAUUUCCCAUGUAAAAUUCUAGCAGUGAAUUAUACAGCCAUUGAAUGUGAAACGUCCCCUGCUCCUCAACAGCUUGUGCGUGUAGAUCUUCUGAUACAUGGAGUGCCUGCCCAGUGUCAGGGGAAGUGCAGCUUCUCAUAUUUAGAAAGCGUCACUCCUUCCAUAACAGGAAUCUUCCCAAACUCUAUCAAAGGAUCUGCAGAAGUUCUUAUUGAAGGAGGAGGUUUUGGGACUCUCUUGGAGGAGAUAGCCGUGUUCAUUGGAAAUCAACAGUUCAGAGCAAAAGAAGUUAAUGAAAAUAACAUCACUGUCCUUGUGACUCCUCUUCCAGCCGGACUUCAUCCUCUUAGCGUUGUGGUGGGAACUAAAGGCUUGGCUGUGGGAAACCUGACUCUCAGCAGCCCUGCAGUAGCAUCUGUCUCACCAACUUCUGGAAGUGUUGGUGGUGGAACUGCUUUGACAAUCACAGGAAAUGGCUUCUAUCCUGGGAACACCACAGUUAUUGUUGGGCAUGAUCUGUGUCGAAUUAUUUCUGUGAAUUCCAGUCACGUGUACUGCCACACCCCAGCAGGGACAGCUGGAACUGUGGAUGUGAAGAUCUUUGUUAACACAGUCACUUAUCCAACUUGGUCAUUUAUAUAUGCCUUGGAUGAUACUCCGUUUCUCAGAGGAAUUACCCCAAGUAGAGGACCAUCAGGAACUGAAAUUGAGAUCACCGGCUCUAACUUUGGUACCGAUAUCUUGGAAAUUUCUGUGUUGAUAAAUAGCAUUCAAUGUAAUGUCACCAUGGUCAAUGACAGUGUGUUGCGGUGCAUCGUUGGAGAUCAUGCUGGUGGCACUUUUCCUGUGAAGAUGCGUCAUGAGACAAAAGGCUCUGCCCUGUCUACAGUUGUAUUUGAGUACCCACUUGACAUUCAAGAUAUCCACCCACACCAAGGAAGUUUUGGUGGUGGUCAGACCAUGAUGAUGACAGGGACUGGAUUUAAUCCACUGAAUUCCAUUGUCUUAGUUUGUGGCUCAGAAUGUGCAGUUGACAGGCUUAGCUCUAAUUACACAAUGUUAUUAUGCAAAAUUCCACCUAAUAAUGGCAGCGGACCAGAGCAAGCCUGUGAAGUGAGUGUGGUCAAUGGAAAAGACUCAUCACAAUCCAGGACUCUGUUUACCUAUACGUUGUCACUGACUCCUCUCAUUGAUGAAAUAGCCCCCAAGAGAGGCAGUACAGCAGGGGGCACCAGACUUACCAUAACGGGAUCAGGAUUCAGUGAAAACAUCCAGGAUGUUCACAUCAUCAUAGGUGAAGCCCUGUGUGAUGUCGAAUAUUCCAACAAGACACACAUCAUCUGCAUAACAAAUGCCCAUAGGCCAUCAGGGUGGGCUCCCAUUCGUGUCAACAUCAGAAGCAUGGGCCUGGCCAGACUGGAUAAUGCUGACUUUCUAUAUGUUGAUGUCUGGUCCUCCAACUUCUCAUGGGGAGGAGAAACUCCCCCAGAGGAAGGCUCACUUGUUGUUAUUACAAAAGGACAGACAAUUUUGCUUGAUCAAAAUACCCCUAUACUGAAAAUGGUGCUUAUCCAGGGUGGAACUCUAAUAUUUGAUGAAGCUGACAUUGAGCUCCAGGCAGAAAAUAUUCUAAUAACAGAUGGAGGAACUCUUCAGAUUGGGACGGAAGCAUCCCCAUUUCAACACAAGGCAGUUAUUACCUUGCACGGGCAUCUGCGAUCUCCUGAGCUCCCGGUGUAUGGGGCCAAAACACUGGCCGUGCGAGAGGGAAUCCUAGAUCUGCAUGGUCUGCCUGUUCCUGUCAUCUGGACUCGCUUGGCUCGUACUGCAAAGGCAGGGGAUCAGACUUUGAUUUUACAGGAAGCAGUGACGUGGAAAGCAGGAGAUAACAUUAUAAUUGCUAGCACAGGACACAGGCACAGUCAACGAGAGAAUGAAAAAAGGACUAUUGCAGCUGUAUCUUCAGAUGGCAUAAACAUCACACUGACUAAUCCACUGAAUUACACGCACUUAGGAGUGGCUGUCACACUCCCGGAUGGAACUCUGUUUGAAGCAAGAGCAGAAGUUGGAAUUCUUACAAGAAAUAUUUUAAUAAGAGGAUCUGAUAAUAUAGAGUGGAAUGACAAAAUUCCAGCAUGUCCUGAUGGAUUUGACACAGGUGAAUUUGCCACACAGACAUGCCUCCAAGGAAAAUUUGGGGAAGAAAUAGGAAGUGACCAGUUUGGAGGCUGCAUUAUGUUUCAUGCUCCUGUACCUAGUACUAAUAUGGUAACUGGAAGAAUAGAAUAUGUAGAGGUAUUUCAUGCAGGCCAGGCUUUCCGGUUGGGCCGAUAUCCAAUACAUUGGCAUCUGCUUGGAGAUCUGCAGUUUAAAUCUUAUGUAAGAGGUUGUGCGAUUCACCAGACUUAUAACAGAGCUAUUACCAUCCAUAACACACAUCACCUUCUGGUUGAGAGGAAUGUCAUAUAUGAUGUUAAAGGAGGAGCAUUUUUCAUAGAAGAUGGUAUCGAACAUGGCAAUAUCCUGCAAUAUAAUUUGGCAGUAUUUGUGCAACAAAGUACUAGUCUUCUGAAUGAUGAUGUUACCCCAGCUGCAUUUUGGGUCACCAAUCCCAAUAAUACCAUAAGGCACAAUGCAGCUGCUGGCGGCACUCACUUUGGUUUUUGGUAUCGAAUGAACAACCACCCUGAUGGGCCAUCCUAUGACCAAAACAUUUGCCAAAAAAGAGUUCCUCUGGGAGAAUUCUUUAACAAUACUGUUCAUUCUCAAGGUUGGUUUGGAAUAUGGAUCUUUGAAGAAUAUUUCCCCAUGCAAACAGGAUCUUGUACUUCUACAGUGCCAGUGCCAGCAAUAUUUAAUUCACUAACUACUUGGAAUUGCCAGAAGGGAGCAGAAUGGGUCAAUGGAGGUGCCCUUCAGUUCCAUAACUUUGUGAUGGUAAAUAACUAUGAGGCUGGAAUUGAGACCAAGAGGAUCUUGGCUCCCUAUGUUGGAGGAUGGGGUGAAGCCCAUGGAGCAGUGAUUAAAAAUGCCAAAAUAGUUGGUCAUCUUGAUGAACUAGGAAUGGGAUCUACAUUUUGCACAGCAAAAGGACUGGUUCUCCCAUUUAGUGAAGGCUUGACUGUGUCCUCAGUCCACUUCAUGAAUUUUGACCGCCCCAACUGUGUAGCUUUGGGAGUGACAUCCAUCACUGGAGUUUGUAAUGAAAGAUGUGGAGGCUGGAGUGCAAAAUUUGUUGACAUUCAGUAUUUUCACACACCAAACAAAGCUGGCUUUCGAUGGGAACAUGAAGUGGUACUGAUGGAUCUUGAUGGUUCACUUACAGGGCACAAAGGACAUACUGUGAUUCCACACAGCCCUUUGCUAGACCCUUCUCAUUGCACUCAAGAAGCUGAGUGGAGCAUUGGGUUUCCCGGAUCUGUGUGUGACACCUCAGUCAGCUUCCAUCGCUUAGCUUUCAACAAGCCUGCCCCAGCAUCUCUCCUUGAAAAGGAUGUUGUUCUCUCAGACUCUUUUGGCACAAGCAUUGUUCCUUUUCAGAAGAAACGACUAACUCAUAUGUCUGGAUGGAUGGCUCUGAUUCCAAAUGCAAACCACAUUAACUGGUAUUUUAAAGAUGUAGAUCACAUAACCAACAUAUCAUAUACGUCAACAUUCUAUGGAUUUAAGGAAGAAGACUAUGUUAUUAUAUCACAUAACUUUACUCAAAAUCCUGAUAUGUUUAAUGUUAUUGAUAUGAGGAAUGGCUCUUCAAAUCCACUGAGUUGGAAUACUAGCAAGAAUGGAGACUGGCAUCUUGAAGCAAAUACGAGUACGCUGUAUUAUUUGGUUUCAGGAAGAAGUGACCUUCAUCAGAGCCAGCCCAUUUCUGGGACCCUAGAUCCUGAUGUAAAAGAUGUUAUUAUUAAUUUCCAAGCUUACUGUUGUAUUCUUCAAGAUUGCUUUCCUGUACACCCCCCAUCAAGAAAAUCACUUCCAAGGAGGCGACCAGCCGUGUAUAAUUUAUGGUCAAAUGAUUCAUUUUGGCAAUCAUCACAAGAAAAUAAUUAUACUGUACCUGGCCCAGGAGCAAAUGUGGUUAUUCCUGAGGGGACAUGGAUCGUGGCUGACACAGAUAUGCCACCAAUGGAAAGGCUCGCCAUUUGGGGUGUUCUAGAACUGGAAGACAUACAUUAUGCAGGAGGUACAAAGUCUUCUCACAGAAAAGUUGUUUUGAAUGCUACCUACAUAUCAGUGCAGGGAGGCAGACUAAUUGGCGGAUGGGAAGAUAAUCCUUUCAAAGGAGAACUGCAGAUUGUUCUUAGAGGAAAUCAUUCUUCACCAGAAUGGACUCUUCCAAAUGGACCAAAUCAAGGGGCAAAGGUCUUAGGGGUGUUUGGAGAGCUGGAUCUUCAUGGAAUUCCACGUUCAAUAUAUAAAACUAAAUUGUCAGAAACUGCAGAGGCAGGUUCCAAAGUCCUAUCUUUGAUGGAUGCUGUGGACUGGCAGGAAGGAGAAGAGAUUGUGAUAACAACCACAAGCUAUGAUUUCCACCAGACAGAAACUAGAAGGAUCAUUAAAAUCCUGCAUGAUCAUAAAAUUCUCAUUCUUAAUGAUAGCCUAUCCUACACUCACCUUGCUGAAAGAUAUCACAUCUCUGGAACAGGUCAGAGCUACACAUUAGCAGCUGAUGUUGGGAUACUGAGUAGGAACAUCAAAAUAGUUGGUGAAGAUUACCCAGGUUGGUCCAAGGACUCUUUUGGUGCGCAUGUCCUGGUUGGCUCAUUCACUGAAAAUAUGAUGACAUUUACAGGAAAUGCAAGAAUAAGUAAUGUGGAAUUUUAUCACAGUGGCCAAGAAGGCUUCAGGGAUAGCACAGAUCCAAGAUAUGCUAUAACAUUUCUUAACCUAGGACAGCUCCAAGAACAUGGCUUAUCUUACGUUCGAGGGUGUGCUUUUCAUCAUGGCUUCUCCCCGGCUAUUGGUGUGUUUGGGACAGAUGGAUUGGACAUUGAUGAUAACAUCAUUCACUUUACAGUGGGAGAAGGCAUAAGGAUAUGGGGGGAUGCCAACAGAGUCCGAGGAAAUUUGGUUGUGCUUUCAGUUUGGCCAGGAACCUAUCAGAACAGAAAAGAUUUAAGUUCUACCCUCUGGCAUGCAGCAAUUGAGAUAAAUAGAGGGACCAAUACAGUAUUACAAAAUAACGUCGUUGCGGGAUUCGGAAGGGCAGGAUACCGCAUUGAUGGUGAACCUUGUUCAGGUCAGGAUAAUCCCAUGGAAAAGUGGUUCAACAAUGAAGCCCAUGGAGGUUUAUAUGGUAUCUAUAUGAACCAAGAUGGCCAGCCUAGAUGCUCUCUUAUACAGGGAUUUACCAUUUGGGCAUGUUGGGAUUAUGGAAUUUAUUUUCAGACCACAGAGAGUGUGCAUAUCUAUAAUGUGACCCUGGUGGACAAUGGAAUGGCCAUUUUUCCAAUGAUUUAUACGCCAGCUGCCAUAUCUCACAAAAUUUCCAGUAAAAAAGUACAGAUUCAGAACUCAUUAAUUGUUGGAAGUAGUCCUGAAUUUAAUUGCUCGGAUAUCCUGACCAAUGAUGAUCCCAACAUUGAACUCACUGCUUCCCAUCGGAGUUCUAGACCUCUAUCAGGUGGGAGAAGUGGGAUUUGUUGGCCUACCUUUGCUUCAGCCCAUAACAUGGCACCCCGGAAGCCCCAUGCAGGGAUCAUGAGUUAUAAUGCUAUCAGUGGCCGUUUGGACAUCUCAGGUUCAACAUUUGUUGGAUUUAAAAAUGUUUGUUCAGGGGAAACUAAUGUGAUAUUCAUUACUAACCCUUUAAAUGAGGAUCUACAACAUCCAAUCUAUGUGAAGAAUAUACAACUGGUUGAUACAAUUGAACAAUCAAAAAUAUUUAUACAUAGGCCUGACAUAAGUAAGGUGAAUCCAUCAGAUUGUAUAGACAUGGUUUGUGAUGCCAAAAGGAAAUCUUUUCUUAGAGACAUGGAUGGCUCCUUUCUAGGGAACUCUGGUUCAGUAAUACCUCAAGCAGAGUAUGAAUGGAAUGGAAAUAGACAACUGGGAAUUGGAGACUACAGAAUUCCUAAGGUGAUGCUGACAUUCUUGAAUGGAAGUAGAAUUCCUGUCACUGAGAAAGCACCUUAUAAAGGUAUUAUUAGAGAUUCAACCUGUAAAUUCAUUCCAGAGUGGCAAAGCUAUCAGUGUUUUGGGAUGGAAUAUGCAAUGAUGGUUAUUGAAAGUCUGGAUUCUGACACAGAAACACGAAGACUUUCACCAGUGGCUAUCGUGAGCAAUGGAUAUGUUGAUCUCAUUAAUGGCCCACAAGAUCAUGGGUGGUGUGCUGGAUACACAUGCCAGAGAAGACUGUCCCUGUUUCAUAGCAUUGUGGCUCUGAACAAAUCUUAUGAAGUUUACUUUACUGGUACCAGUCCUCAAAAUCUUCGGCUAAUGUUGCUUAAUGUAGACCAUAACGAGGCUGUUCUAGUAGGAAUAUUUUUUUCCACACUUCAACGUUUGGAUGUCUAUGUGAGCAAUUCAUUGGUCUGUCCCAAAAAUACAAUAUGGAACUCUCAACAGAAAUACUGUGAACCUCAUGGACGUCUGCACACAGAGCAAUUCCUUCCUAACCUGGAUUCCACUGUCCUUGGCGAAAACUACUUUGAUAGAAUAUACCAGAUGCUUUACCUGUUGGUUAAGGGAACUACCCCUGUUGAAAUCCAUACAACCAAAGUCAUAUUUGUUUCUUUCCAGUUACCUUUUCUAACUGAUGAUGACUUUUAUAGCUCUCAUAAUCUGGUUAGAAAUCUUGCCUUGUUCCUAAAAAUACCAAGUAACAAAAUUCGUAUUAGCAAAAUAAUACGAGGGGAAAAUCUGCGGAGGAAGAGAUCAAUGGGACUCACAAUUGAGCUUGAGAUUGGAGAUCCUCCAACUCAGUUCUUAAGCAAUGACACCACAGGUCAGAUGCGAUUAUCUGAACUCCAGGAAAUUGCUAGUUCUCUUGGACAAGCUGUAAUUUUAGGAAAAACCAGCAGUAUUUUUGGAUUUAACAUUUCUUCCAUGUCUAUUACCAGUCCUAUCCCCAGCCCAAGUGAUUCUGGUUGGAGUAAGGUGACUGCUCAGCCAGUGGAAAGGUCUGUGUUUCCUGUUCAUCACGUGGCUUUUGUGUCCUCACUCUCUGUGAUCACCCAGCCAGUGGCAGCACAGCCAGGACAGCCAUUUUCUCAGCAGCCUUCAGUGAAGGCAGUAGAUUCAGAUGGUGCUUGUGUGUCAGUUGGAAUUACUUCACUGACUUUGAAGGCCAUUCUAAAAGACUCUAAUAAUUACCAGGUCAAUGGACUUAGUGGAAAUACAACCAUUCCAUUUAGUAGUUGUUGGGCCAACUAUACAGACCUUACUCCUCUGAGGACAGGAAAAAAUUAUAAGAUUGAAUUUAUACUGGAUAAUGUUGUUCGGGUAGAAUCUGGAACUUUCAGCCUGCCAGCACAGACUGUUUCUAGUGGUGGCGGCAGCAGCAGCAGCAGCAGCACCAGUACCAACAACAGCAAAGCAUCAACUGUGGGUCCAUCUGCCCAGAUAAUGACUGUAGUCAUUAGCUGUCUGACAGGAAGAUUCUUGCUCUUGGAAAUAUUUAUGGCUUCAAUUUUUAUCUUGAACAGAUCUAUAUAAAGCAACUAAAGUGCUCUUUGGA